AUGAGGAGAGUCGUGGUGACAGGAUUGGGCGCCGUCACGCCGCUCGGAGUUGGGGUGCGAAGAACGUGGGCUCGCCUCCUCGACGGCCACUGCGGCAUCGUCUCAACCCGCCACCUCGGCGACGAGUUCAGAUCCCUGCCAAGUCAAGUCGCCGGUCUGGUUCCCCGGACAGCUGAAGACGGGCCGUGGAGGGCAGAAGACCACCUCUCCCCCACGGAAAUCCGCCAGACCGCCCAAUUCGCACAAUACGCCCUCGCCGCCGCCGAGGAAGCAUUUCAAGACGCGGGUUUCAAGGAUGGCAACGGUCUGGAUCCCGAAAUGGCCGGCGUGACGCUCGGGUCGGGCAUAGGAAACCUCGCGGACCUGUACGACACGUCGCUCGCCUACGCCCAGGGUCACAACUAUCGCAAGAUCCACCCCCUGUUUGUGCCACGGCUGCUCAUCAACCUCGGCGCUGGACAUAUUUCCAUGCGCUACGGUCUGCGAGGUCCAAACCAUGCGGUCACGACAGCUUGCACCACGGGAGCACACUCCAUAGGCGAUGCGGCAAGGUUUAUCCAGGCCGGAGAAGCGGACGUCAUGAUCGCGGGCGGCGCGGAGAGUUGUAUCCACCCGCUUGCGAUCGGAGGGUUUGCCAGGUCGAGGAGUCUGGUGACAGCGUUCAACGACGAGCCGGGAAAGAGCUCGCGGCCGUUCGAUAAAGAGAGGGCGGGCUUUGUGAUUGGCGAAGGGGCCGCGUGUCUGGUGCUCGAGGAACUCGAACACGCCAAAACCCGUGGGGCGCGCAUCUACGCCGAACUCAUCGGCUACGGUAAUUCCGCCGACGCGCACCACUUGACUGCACCACUGGAGGAGGGCGGCGGUGCCCUUCUCGCGAUGAAGAGGGCGCUCAAACAGGCGCGGAUCCCCCCUUCGAAGGUGGAUUACAUCAACGCACACGCAACGUCAACGCCGCUGGGAGACCAAGCCGAAAACAAGGCGAUCAAGACGCUCAUGCUGAGUGAACAUGGCAAAGCCGCUGCAAAAGAAAUCAACGUGAGCAGCACGAAAGGCGCAAUAGGACAUCUCCUGGGCGCUGCUGGCGCGGUGGAGGCCCUUUUUACAGUUUUGGCUGUUCAUGAGAACGUGAUGCCCCCGACAAUAAACCUGGUCUCCAAGACCGAAGACUUCGACUGCAAUUAUGUUGCCAAUGAAGCCCAACAGACCCAAAUCACUGUCGCGCUGACCAAUAGCUUUGGGUUCGGCGGGACGAAUUCGAGUUUGUGCUUCAGGAAGUGCGAAUGA